GAAAGCACCGCAAAAACUCAUAUUCAUUCUUCGAGAUUCAUAUUGGAACGAUCUUGUCAAUUUUGCGACAUCGCUACACGAGAUUUACGCGUGUAGAAUGUCAGGUAAUUACACACAAGCGACGGACUCCGCUGCACUGCGCACGAUCGUAAUAUCGACUUUCAUGGCUUUCACGGACGUCGCCGUAUUUUUUGGCAACUUUUUGGCGGUCGCGUCGUUUUGUAUCAACAACAAACUACACACAGUUACAAAUUCAUUCAUCGUCAGCAUGUCUGUGGGCGAUUUGUUGAUCGCUCUUGUGUGCAUACCAACUCUACUUGUGGCAAACUUGAUAGGACCAAAUCUAUCGUUGAAGAAAGGCUUGCGUUAUUGUCAUGUGUCUCUAUCAAUCACGAUAGCGCUAAUGAUCGUUGCGAUCGGCAACUUGGCGUUAAAUUCGCUGGACAGAUACCGUGCGAUCUUGUACCCACUUACAUACAACGUGCGAAUGACAAAGCGACGCGUUUUUUGGAAGAUCGCUCUAGCGUGGAUCGUUUCGUUCGUUUUCGGAUUCGUGCCGUUCCUCGGUUGGGGAAGGCUGCCAAACAAACGCAACGAGAAAGAAACGUUGUUUUGCCAAGUGCGCGCGAACCUGUCGCGUGAUUACAUGCUUGCUUUCCUCUGCAUCGCCGGCGUCCCGUUUCUUUUAAUGGGCGCGGCGUAUUGGAAGAUUCUGAAGACCGCGCGCAGACAUAGCAAGGUCAUAGCGGCGGACGUCGCAAGAUUACAGGAAAACAAACGGGCUGAUUAUAUCAAGGAGACGCGCGCGGCGAAGCUCGUCGGCGCCAUAUUGGGCGCCUUCGUGCUCUGCUAUUUACCGCUGUUCGUAGCGGUCGUGGUCGACGUUUCGCUGAGCGGAGGUAUUAGUUCAUAUGUCUACGUUGGCGCAGUUCUAUUAGGCACUAUCAACUCUUCUGUGAAUCCCUUCAUUGUUGCCGCCAUGAACAGGGAGUACAGGCAAACCUACCAUCGGAUCAUUCGUUGCAGAUGGCGGAUGGCAACGGCUGGCGGCCAAUGUGUUCAGGCCUGGAGGAAAUAAAAGAUUCGAUGCGACCUAUAAUUUUAAUAUUAUUAUUGUUGUUAAU